CGGCUUGGAAUUAAUUCUGCCACACAAUGCCACUUCGUUAGUUCGUGACUUACCUGCUUGUCUUCGCCAUCCGGAUAUCCGGCGACCUGAGUAGGCUGAGAGCUGUCGACACGUCCGUAGCCGGCAUAGCCUAGUCGUGGCAGUUGGCAGGCGAACCGUCGCGUUUAGCGUUGGAGUGGUAAUCAUCCUGGUUGUAGCGGACGGAUGCUGUCAAUGUCGCCGAGCUGUCACUGAGGCUCACGCGUGCGCCAACUCCGAAUUUACUGACUGUUGUUUGAACCAACGCCAAUGAAGGACUUGGGAAACUGCCAAUUCAGUAAGGUGAAGAAUUGCUUGGCAAGGAGAGGAAUCGUCAUUGUGCGCUGCGCUGACCGGCAGAUUUCGAUAGCGUGUCUUGACGCGCGAGAUGGCUACGUUCGAAAUAAUUGACGGUGGAUGUACAAUUAUUUUUCUGGCCUAGCUAGAAUCCAAUCCGUUGACCUCCGCUCAGGCCAUUGCCGCUGCGCCAUCGGUUAGCAUUCUGACCAUGGCAUCGGCACAGCUAGUACAGCGGAGAAAGCGCAUCCUUAUAACAGGCAGCAACGGCAAUCUAGGUGAGAAGCUGGCAAGAAACCUUCUUGAACUACAGGAGUAUGAUCUGAUCCUCAUUGACCUGGAUAGCGAGAGCAAAGUGCCGCCAUGCGGACCAGUUCCACGUGUAGAGUACUACCAAGCUGAUCUCAGCAAAGUCAGUGCGUCGUGGACUGGCAAGCUUCGGCGUUCUGACGUUGUUUUCCAUUUCGCCGGCUGCAAGCUGAACGCAGACGUGAGCUGGGCAUCUGCUGCGCAAUCGCUGGACACGGCGUGUAACGUUCUACUGCACGCCGCCCAAGCCAACGUCAAGCGUGUGGUGCUGGCUAGCUCAUGGCACGUCUCUGGCUCGUGCAAAGACUUGGACUGCUCGCCUUCGCAUGCCAGAGAUGAGCGGCUGUUUUCACCGACAGACCCGGUGUCCCCUGGCACGCAGUGGUUUGCUGGCUGCCGGCUCAUCGACAGUACUUCCUACGCCGUGCCCAAGCUGGCGGAGGAGAGACUGGCAAAGUGCCUGGCUGAGUCCAAUCCAACUACAGUGUUCCUAGUGUUGCGCAUGGGAUGGUGCCAACCAGGAGAGAAUAUCCCUGGUACUCUGUCAGCAGUGGGCUGCGAAGCAGAUGAGCCUGAAACUGGUCUUUCACUAUCAGCACAUGGUUCUGGCAACCCACUGGAUGACUCGCAAUUUUUACGGGAGUGGUUCCGCAAUACUUGGCUGUCCAAUAGGGACUUCUGCACGCUGUGCUCAAAGUGCAUCAGUGGCCAGCUGCCUACAACGUCGAAAGGCUUCUACAUUGUCAAUGCAGUGUCUGCGAACGCCGGUAGUCACUGGGACUUGGAAGCCGGCAAGGACUUACUGGGAUACGAGCCGCAGGACGACGCUCAUAAGUGUGUUGAAGACGAUGGCUGGACGCUACUUGAUAGCUAGCUCAUUUUUUCCAAUGAUUAUAGUUGACCAUUGCACUACAUAUAAUUAUUCCAGCACAUACAAGUGAAACGCUUUUGCCUAACUGCUGGCAGUUGGAUAAUCUUAUUUGCACAAGAAGCGUGGGGUUUAUAUACCGGUGUGAUUUCCGGCUACAAAGACAGCGUUCUAGCUAUGCAGCAUCUACAUGGAAUAUCAUUCCCCUUGCUUCACACGCUGUCCCACUGCCACGAAGUUUAUUUAACCCUUUCAGCACGCAUCACGUAUAUGUACGUGAUGGUACAUGUAACUGGCCCACGGAUCACGUAUAUAUACGUGAUGCGUACAGUGAAAAUGAACGUACUCCCGAGACAUCCGUGGUCGACGGAUCUUAUCCCUACGUGGACCAGUGACGUGCUGGAUGAACGUCGACUGUUCUACGAUGGUACUGACGGGCGCACGUGUGCCGCUAUGCACGCGUACUAGUACAUAGAUGUCGCGUGCGAACAUGCAUUCCGCAGAAAAAAUUGUGAGUGAAUAGGACUACUUUUGGAAAAUCACGAAAAUCACUGGUUUUGGCUCUGCGGGUCAGUUACACACCCUGGCCGUGCUGAAAGGGUUAAUAAACUAUUACUCAUGCUGGUGACAGUGGCAUGCAAUGUUUCCACUUGAUGAAGAAAAUAUAACACUAUCAACGUCA